AUGGAUCUCAAGUGGCUCAAUGUAUUGGCCACAACCCACUUCUUCUCUAUUACUCAUUCCUCAGCCAUGUAUAUCAGUCUCAUAUUCAGCUCCUUAUUAGUCUGCUUGUGGAUUUACAUAUUGAUAAACUUAAAAAAUCGGGCGUUUUCUAACAUUUCAACUUCCAUAGAGUUUAACAUUGUCGGGUCGGAUAGAAUAUCCGUAAAGUUGAAUAACAAAAGCGGCGGUAGUGAAGCAAGGAAGAAAAAGUUGGUUCAUGUGCCUAAGUUUAUGCUGGAGUUGUACGAGAAAAAUAAGAUUGGAAAUGCUACUAGAAAUGCGCCUGAUAUUGUUAAAAGUUUGAUACCUACACAUGCAGGUCCAUUUCUCCAAAACGAGAUCGUAGAGAAUCCAUCAGACAACCACCUUCUAAUUUUCGAUCUACCCACAUCCAACAGAGAUGAAAAGUUCAUAAGCGCGGAACUGAAGAUACUCACCUUGAUCGAUCCCUCAACUUAUCUGGAAAACAACCUCAAACGAAUCAUCAAAUUAUCAGUCUAUGACGAAGCAGUCAAACAGGUCUUAACAUACCAAGAGACUCAGUUUGAGCAUAUUAACAACACGUGGCUCAGCUUUGAUGUGACAGGUCCGGUAAGAGACACUUUAGAGACCAAAUCAGUGAAGAAAUGUCUCAAGAUCAUCAUAACAGUGUAUGUGUCUUCAUCGCAGAUCGGGCAUACAGUCAAAUUAUCUCUACUUCCUGAAAGAGAGAAUGAAAACAUGGAACAUGAUUAUCCGAUUCUGAUACUAUCAUAUUCAUCUGCUGAAGGAAAGGUAGAAACCAGCAGAUCCAAUAUUCAGGGUAAUGGUUUCGUAAGGAAAAAACGAAAUGUUGAAGACGAUGAAGAAGAAGUAACGAACAGAUUUUGGGAUGAUGACAUGCCAGGUGUAAGGACACCCAUCAGAAGAGCGAAGAAAUUGAGGAAUACUUGUAAGAGGAAGCCUCUGUAUAUUAAUUUUGCCGAGAUCAGUUACGAUAUGUGGAUUGUACAGCCUAGUGGAUAUGAUGCGUAUCAAUGCCAAGGCCGUUGCUUCUACCCUGUAGCAGAGCACCUGAACCCGACCAAGCACGCCAUAGUACAGGCGCUACUGCACAGCAUGUCUCCUGCCAAGGCGACUAGAUCCUGUUGUGUUCCGACAACCCUGGACUCCAUAUCGAUCUUGUACGUCGACGCAAACGGUGUUCUGACCUAUAGAUAUGCUUAUAAGGAUAUGGUGGUUGUUCAGUGUGGUUGCAGAUAAAUUCUCAAAAUAAAUCAUUAUU